AGUUGGUAGAUCUUUUCUUCCAAAACCUAAAAAUCCUUAUUCUAUUGUAUUGGGUGACUCUGAAUCGAUCCAAUUACCACAAUAUGAAGCUUUUCCAAUCCAUGAUAAGGUUAAACAUAAAGAAGGGUAUAUUCUUAAUGUUGGUGGUUCAGAGGGCAAACAAGAUGAUUCUGUUGAUAUAAUUCCGAAAUUAGGGAUAAUAGCAAUAUCCUUUGGGUGUGGUCUUAUUGGAAUUUUUGCUGUUCCUCGGUCAAAAUACAUUAGGGAUAAAUUGAAUUUAUCUAACGACAUUGAAGCACCAUUAUAUAGUAACCAUAAAUGA